AAAACACAGCCAUGGCUGCCGGGCAAUGGGUGGGGGUGGCUGAGCGGGUGCUUCGUGGGCUGGGGGUCAAGAGGGUAGCCAGCCUGGCUUGCCUGGCGAUGUGCGUGCUCUUCCUCGCCAGUGCCACGCACGCGAACUCCCUGAACGCCAUCGAGGAGCCCGUCACCCGGCGCCACCACCAGCGACAUCACGAACGGGAACGCGAGCGGGAGGAGAACGGAUAUUGCGCUCCGUACAGCGGCAAGGUGUGCAAGGAGUACCUCACCGGCCAGGUGUGGUACAGCCUUGAUGAUCCAACCGGCGGAUGGAAGAACGAGCAGGUGACCACGGCGCUCUGGGACGAGCUAAUCUCCGAUCUCACGGGUCUAUGCCGAGAGGCCGCCGAGAAAAUGCUCUGCGCCUAUGCCUUUCCCAACUGCCACAUGGAGGGUGGUCGCGCUGUGAAGGCUCCCCUCUGCUUCGAGGACUGCCAGGCCACACACCUGCAGUUCUGCUACAACGACUGGGUGCUCAUCGAGGAGAAAAAGGAGCGCAACAUGUUCAUCAAGAGCCGCGGGCACUUCCGGUUGCCCAACUGCUCCUCCUUGCCGCACUACAACGCCUCCAUGCGGCGGCCCAACUGCUCCUAUAUCGGGCUCACCGAGCUCAAGGAGUCGGAAGUGAGCUACGACUGCCGCAAUGGCAAUGGCCGCUUCUACAUGGGCACCGCAAACGUGUCAAAGUCUGGCAUUCCCUGCCAGCGCUGGGACACUCAGUUCCCCCACAAGCACUUCCAACCUCCUCUGGUCUUCCAUCAGCUCCUGGAAGGCGAAAACUACUGCCGAAAUGCGGGUGGCGAGGAGCCGCACCCCUGGUGCUAUACUGUGGAUGAAUCAGUGCGCUGGCAGCACUGCGAUAUACCCAUGUGUCCGGACUACGUGGACCCCAAUGCCGGCGAUUUGAAUACGCCGAUCAAGAUGGAAAAGUUCUUCACGCCCUCGAUGAUUUUCCUGCUGGCUGGGAUUGGUUUCGUGGCCAUCGUGACCCUGCACCUAAUGAUUCUACUCGUCUACAAGCUGUCGAAACAUAAGGACUAUUCGCAACCCCCAGGAGCAGCCACAGCCACGGAUUGCAAUGUCUCUAUGCGCGGAGGAGGAGAGUGCGGCGGUAAUUUGAACACCAGUCGGGAAACCCUCGGAGGCAACGGGAACACCAAUACCUUGGGCAAAUGGGGCACCAUCCGAAGCACGGCCACUGUUCACAGCAAUUGUGUGGCCCUUACCACGGUGACCAGUGUGCCGGAUGGUAAGGGCUCCAAGCCGAAUGCACGCCUGGAAAAGCUGGAGUACCCACGUGGCGAUAUAGUGUAUGUGAGAUCCCUUGGCCAGGGGGCUUUCGGUCGAGUCUUCCAGGCCAGAGCUCCUGGACUUGUCCCCGACCAGGAGGAUCUCCUAGUGGCCGUGAAAAUGCUGAAGGACGACGCCAGCGAUCAGAUGCAAAUGGAUUUCGAGCGGGAGGCCUGUCUGCUGGCCGAGUUCGAUCAUCCCAACAUCGUCCGGCUGCUGGGCGUGUGCGCCUUGGGCAGACCCAUGUGCCUACUCUUCGAGUACAUGGCUCCCGGCGAUCUCAGUGAGUUCCUGCGAGCCUGCUCCCCAUAUGCCACCCACCAGGCGCCGGCACGGGACCGUCUGCAGCUGAAUGAGCUACACCUGCUGCAGAUGGCCGCAAACAUUGCAGCGGGCAUGUUGUAUCUCUCAGAGCGAAAGUUCGUCCACCGGGACUUGGCCACCAGGAAUUGCUUAAUCAACGAGCACAUGGCGGUGAAGAUCGCCGACUUUGGGCUAUCGCACAAGAUCUAUCUGCAGGACUACUACAAGGGCGACGAGAACGACUUCAUCCCGAUCCGAUGGAUGCCGCUCGAGAGCAUCCUGUACAACAAGUUCUCGCUGGAGUCCGAUGUGUGGGCCUACGGCAUCUGCCUGUGGGAGGUCUUCUCCUUCGCCCUGCAACCGUACUUCGGCCUGACCCACGAGGAGGUGAUCAAGUACAUCAAGGAGGGCAAUGUGCUCGGCUGUCCGGACAACACGCCGCUCUCCGUAUACGCGCUGAUGCGUCGUUGCUGGAACCGCAAGCCGAGUGAGCGUCCUGGCUUCGCAGAGAUCAAUCACUGCAUCCAGCACAGCAUUGCCGAGAGUGAGUGCAAAGCGAUGCUCUAAGGGACCGCCGACGGAGUUGUGAGAGGAAAUCAGUGUACCACAGAACUAUCGUCCGCCGUCUUCCGGGGCAUCCAAUAGAACCGUAUAUACACGCCAGGGUGGGGGGAAAAAUCGUAGAUGGGAAUGUCAUCUUAAAAAAAAAUCAAACUUUUUAUUUUAAGCUUAAUUGGCACAUUCGUAUACCUGAUAUCACGAGUUUAUAUCCUGUUGUAUCAGAGAAAGCCCUAUUUAGAAUUACUUAUGAUUUUAAAGAUGACUCUCCCAAGCUAUUAUUUUUGAAUUCAACCCACCUUAUUAAACACUCUUUUAUACUAACAUAUGCAAAUUGAUUUGAAAAAUUGCACUAGGUGAGAUCAGAAGGGCAACAGGAUUGUGAUUAAGUUAGUUUCGAGACCACUCCAUAUCGUUAAGAAAUCGCUACGGUACUAUGUCUUUCAAUUGAUGCUUCCUCAGCGAACUUUGUUUACUUGAUUCAGACACUAUUUUGAUAUAAUUAUACCCCUGAUCUCUCGUCACCAAUCGAAUAGUCUGCCACAACGAACGCAUCAUCAACGUUUCGUACUCAUAUCUAGUCUGUAGUUUAAGUUUAUAUAUAUGCGCAUAUGUAGAUUGCAUUUUAAUGGGAUUCAUUUUUGACUAGGCUUAAGCUCUGCCAUCGCAGCACUCACAAAGAUCUCUGAUCGCUGGGUGGGCGAACAUGAACCACACACCGGAGACCAUCAAAACAAUAAGUUAUAUGAGAUAUGGAAUAUUUAGAGAACUGUCUACAGCCCGCAUUUCUGGGCACCUUUACAUAAUCUUUGUAACUAAAACAACGUGUUGAUUGUAAUUUGUAUAAAUAAACCAUCCAUAACCGUA